ACCUGUGUGAAUUAUCAUAUUGUUUUCAAGAAGUGAUUGUUUCUGCAAAGGGAAAACUAAAAGAAAACCAGGAUUUCUUUUUUUUUUCGUAAUGGGGAUGUAACCCGUUUCCACAUGCACUUGGAAGUGGCGUGAGGUUGCCUCCAGAUUGAGAAAAAGAAAACUGCAGGGGCUUGUGGUUAAUUGAAAUCGAUCCGGUGGUCUUUUUUUGAAUGUGAAGCAGCAGCAGCGGUUCUUUCUCCUCUCACUUCCAACAUGACUUCACUGUCGGGGACCAAGGAGAGGUCUGUGAGCAGCCGGAGCAGAAAAUAUGGGGUGCCCGACACGUCCCCGACCAAAUCUGCCCCCUUUUUCCCGGACACAUGGUACCGUAAGCCCUACGAGGAAAACACACGCUCCGGGACACGGCCCGCUCCAGAGGGGGCCGGAUCAAUGCCAAGCUCCACAGGCACCCCGUCCCCAGGCUCAGGAAUCUCCUCCCCAGGGUCCUUCUCCGGAUCCCCAGGGACCAUCUCUCCGGGGAUAGGGACAGAAUCGCCUGGUUCUCUGGGUGGCUCCCCAGGUUUUGGGACAGGAUCUCCGGCUUCAGGCAGUGGAAGUUCCCCUGGUAGUGAAAGAGGGAUAUGGUGUGAGAACUGCAACGCAAGGCUGACAGAGCUGAAAAGACAAGCUCUCAAACUGCUCAUCCCUGGACCUUACUCCACCAAGGAUCCCUCUGUCUCUCUCCUCCUUCACGAUAAGCUUCAGGUGCCCAACAGUUCUCGGCGGGCGUGGAACGAGCGUGACAGUCGCUGUGAUGUCUGCGCCACUCACCUCACUCAGCUCAAACAGGAAGCUGUGCGCAUGGUCCUCACUCUCGACCAGUGGGAUUUGUCCCCCCCCUCUUCCCCUUCGGCCCUCAUCGGACGCUAUGGACCACCGGGUCCUAUGGGAGCAUCCGGGGGUCCUGGGUCACGGGACUGGAUUCCUCCUUUUCUCCCUUCUUCCUCCUCCUCCUCCUCCUCAGCCGCUGCUGCCAUCUCACACCCGUCCUCCCAGUCGCCCUCCCCAAGCCCCAGCCAGACCCCAACGCCAAGCCCCAGCCACGGACUAUCCAACCCCAGCCAUGGGAGCCCCUCUGUGGGGCAAACAUCCGGCUGUGCUCCCAUAAACCAACAACCUCAAGGCCAAGGGCACAGACUGGGGUCUAAACCCAGCUCCCUGGGGCUUGGUGGUGGGGGGGACAGAAGGGUUGGGUCCCCCAGUUUGGGAAAGUCUGUGGCCCAACAGCAACCAGUGACUGGAGUAAACAGCCCAGGCCAUAAUAGCGGAGCAGUCCUGAGCACAGCAGCUCUGCAGGCCCAUCAGCACCUGACCCGCACCAAUGGAGGAGUUACACUCUAUCCCUACCAGGUAAGAUUCUCUCUGAAGUGUCUGUGA